GAGUACGCCGUCGUUCGCCGAAGAGAAACGAGUAAAUGUCAGACAACAGUAUAACAUUUCAGUCGUUGAGUGGCCGACGCGCGAAAUAUGCUAUUAACUGUUUUAUUGAAGUGUAUCCGGUUUAAUGAGGCACACAUCAAUUGAUAUUGAUGCGAGCGUAAUUUUUGCAAGUGCUUGGCUCGUGCUGUGUUACCACGUCGCCCAAAAAUGUGAUAACGUGCAAGAAUUUUGCCAACCAUGAGACCGCACAUGUCGCAUUUGAAUAAAAAAGUGUAGUGGCCUCGGGACGAUGGCAACCUUAAAUCCAGUUCAGUGGGAGAAGCCUUUGUCGUUGGACCGACAAAGUCCAUCUCUCCACGUCCUGGAAGUCCCGCUUCCAAGCCUCCAAAACCCGUCGUUCCUCCACUCACAAAAGCUGCGAGAGAACCUCAUCGAAUCCCGCAAGGCGUUCCUUCGCAACCUCAAUGAAGACGAAAAGCUAGAACCCAACAAUGAACCCCGGAAAACCCCCACGAAAAAAAUCAGCUUCAAAAUCAAAAAAACCGCCUCGAUCUACCGCCACAACCAGAAAAUGUCCACGAUCAGUGCAAGCAAAGUCGCCGAACUCACAAUGAAGUUCAACAUGAUCAACGAGAAGAACUCCCUCCUGGAACAGCCCAAGUUCCGCAAGCUCGUCAAGCGCGUCAACAGCCAAAGAAGCUUAGACAGUGAUAAAGUGACCAAGCACAGUGUUAAGAACGUAGUGACGCGCAAACCCAGCGUUAAAACGAAACCCUACGAGGACAAAGAGAUUGUCAUAGUGAGGCGCAAACCGACGAUCAAACGCAAACCCAGCCGUGCCAAUUUAGAAAAACCGGUGCUAGUGACCGAACAAAACCGCCCCACAACCCUCCCCCUCGACGAACCCCAACCGCCGUCCACGGGAACCGUCCGUGCGGCGAUCGAAAUUUUCGAACGCAGAAACUCAAGCCCAGUGCCAAAACCCAAAGUGCCUGAAAAACCAACGAAACUAAAACCCGACAAGACUGACGAAGAUUUAGUACAAAUCGUUAACAUUCCGGCGGUGCUGCCGCAACGAAGAUGUGAUUCCAUGUACGAAACGCUCAAUGUUACGAAAACACCACUCCUAAAACCGACCAAGUCGGAGGAAACCAUCGUUAGGCCAAAACCCAACACUUCCUUCCUCUGGAGCAUCAACCAGGACAAGUCGCCCUCGGCCAAAGACGACUGGAAGGACCUCUACGACUUCGUCGACCCCUCCCCACAAGUCCCCCCGAGGGCCGCCCCGGCGAAACCCCCAACUCCCCCGAAAAAAACCUUCAUGAAGCCUCCUCCCGAGGAGAAGAUUUACGAGGAGUUGAAUGUGAGUCGGGACGAGGACACGAUCAGCCACAGCUACGAGUACUGCGAAGGGGAUGAUGGGUACGAGAUCUGUGCCAAGGAGAAUAUCUACGAAACGCUCCCGCCGCCGCUUCUACCCAGGAGGCAGCAGCAGGAACCGCUUCCGCCAAGACCACCCUCCCGGAGCAGCUAUUGCACGAUUCAAAACCCGGAAAACGUGUCAAAUUGCUACGAAUCGAUCUACAAUCCCGAAUCCAAGUCGAAUGAGAGUACUUAUGAGAGUAUCUACGGGUGCCAAAUCCGCGAGGGUGGCUCGAAUCGCGAUUCUCUUGUGUCCUCGGACCAGCAGAGUAAUAGUUUGUACGGGAGGGCUAGUCUAGUGGGGUGGGGUGAGGAUGGGACGAAUCCCUACAGCGGCAAGGCCACAAGUGACUUAAGCACGAGUGACCGGAGCGAUGAUUGGGUCGAUAUGACCGAUAAUGAGGAUAAUGACAACAACAAUGAAAUCAUCAUAAUCCGCGAGCGUCAAAAGGCGAAGAAGACUACCGGUUGGUCCCAGCAAUUUCGGGAGCAAUGGUCUAAAUCGCCGCGAAAACUCCCAACUGAUCAGCGUACUGACAGUGACCCGGACCACCUCUACGAGAGACUUUGCACCAAUGAGAACACCCAAGACGACGAUUACGACUCCUUCGACAGUGAUAGUGAUUCGGAAGGUUCCUUCACUAAAGUCAAUUCACAUGACAGCGGCCUGGACAUCGGCAACAGCCAACUCCCCGAACCCCCAAACAACCAAACCUACGUCCUGACCCGUCUCGCGGCCACCGCCGGCAAACACAUGCGCAAGCUGCGCCGCAACUGGUCACUGACCAAAAACGACAUCAGCAAAUCACUGAGUCGGAUGACCAAACGCAAGUCGCGCACAGACCUCGCCAAACACAGGAAAUCUAGUCCCGAAAUUCUCCAACCGGAGGAGCCGCCCCCUCCUUGUGAUAACCCCCCGGAGGCGGAAGCCAAGACCCUGCCCAGGAAGAGCUUCCUGACGAAGUUCCGGAGGAGCAUGUCUCUGAGUGCCGAGUCGGCGAGCGAGCUCACCUCGAAUUUGGAUAAGCCGAAGAGUACGUUCUACUUGACGGAAAUUGACAUCGAUAAGAACGAGUCUGAGAGGGACAGCGGGGCGUCGUUAUCGCCGGUGCAGAGGAACUCCAAGGUCAUAACGCGGCCGCAGAGCCCGCCCCCGCCCGCACCGGUCAGGGAGAAAAAGCGGUCGACUUCGUGGUACGCAGAAGUGGGGCUGUUUAAAAAUUCGGAAAGCAACGCGCAGAGGAGGAGCAAUACGUUCUGGUACGCCGAAGUCGGGCUCUACCAGACUGGGAUGAGCACCCCGAGCACGAGUUCGGCGGAAAAUAGCGGAAAUACAACCAAUGUUUCGAUUAAACCGGACGAUUUUAUCAACCAGGAUAACAGCGAGGAGUACUACAAUCUCAAGAACGGCUCGGAUUAUUACAAUGACAGUAUUAACAGCUUUAGCAGCACGGAGACCAAGAAAGAUCAGUCUUUGACGACUCUGGCUACUGACGCUCACUUGAGGCUGGAAGAUGAGCCUUUGUAUCAGUUUUACGACGCUGCGGUUUUAGAGUCGGUUUGUCACGAUGGUGUCUCCGAUUUUGAUUCCGACGGCUAUGAAGAAGUCGGUGAUAACAACUCCGAAUCCACUCUUUCCUCAAGACCAUCAGCUAUGGAACUAGUCACACCCAACAAAAAUUUACUGACGGUUUCAAGAACCCUUUGGUGUGAAAUACCAGAAGUGAUACAGUCGUCGGUGUUAAGCACUUUGAGUACGCAUCAGAAGAAGUUGCAAGAAGCUAAGUUCGAAAUGAUCACGUCUGAAGCCUCCUACUUGAACUCCCUCAACGUUCUGUGCAACCACUUUGUCAAAAGUUUCGAAAGUUUGGAUAUUUUGUCAAAGGAUGAGCUCGAAAUGUUGUUCGGAAAAGUCGCAGAUGUGAAAAACUGUUCGGAGAAGCUUAUAUCCGACUUGGAGAAGUGUUGGCAGGAAAAUAUUCUGCUUCAUGGAGUGUGUGAUAUUGUUCAGAAGCACGCUGAGGAGAAUUUCCACGUGUAUGUCCCCUACUGUGAGAAUCAAAUUUUGUUAGACGACACGUUAAGGCGUAUCAAGGAACGUCCAAAUUUUCUCGAACAAUUAAAACAGCUUGAAUCAAGCUCAACGUGUCAGUCACUCACACUUUACUCAUUUUUAAUGCUCCCAAUGCAGAGGAUAACGAGGUGGCCACUGCUUGUGGACGCCGUCUUGAAGAGGCUCUCGCCACAAGACUCCGAAUAUUUAACGUGUCAAUACGCGCUUGCAACGCUCAAUAAAAUCGUCAGUCAGUGCAACGAAGGGGCAAGACGUAAAGAACGCGAAAAUGAAAUGAAAAAAAUCGUAACACAGUUAGAGUUCGCCAAGGGGGUUCCCCCGAUUGAAAUAGUGUCGGACAAUCGGUGGCUCAUCCGCUCCGGUACUGUAACCCACAUGCAGCAAAGGAACGAUGAGAUUAAGCUGACUUUUGGAAAACGGUUCACGAAAGUGACGCUACACUUGUUUUUAUUCAACGAUUAUUUGUUUGUUACAAAACCGAAAAGCGAAAAUUUGUACACCGUGGUCCAUUACUGCGCCCGCAAUUUGGUGGAGUUGAGCAGCACCGACAUGUUGGUGUCCCUCCCGGUCAAAGACACGCAAGGUCGCCACUUGCUGUUCCUCACAAUUUUGGAAAAUCAGAAUGACAAGACUGUUGAAUUUUUGUUGUCUUGUAACAGUGAAAGCGACAAGGAGCGAUGGAUCGAGGCGCUAACGCCCCCAAAAUCUGAAGACCCAAACGAAACUCUUUACGAAUGUUGGGACUGUCCGCAAGUAACUGCCAUUCAUAAUUAUCUGGCUAGUCAACCCGACGAAUUGGCUUUAUCUCGAGGGGAUGUGAUUAACGUUCUCCGCAAAAUGGCCGAUGGUUGGUAUCACGGAGAGAGAAUAAGAGAUGGCCAAACUGGCUGGUUCCCCGCGAAUUAUACUGUAGAAAUAGCGAACCCUCAUGUCAGAUCACGUAAUUUGAAACAGCGAUAUCGGUUGUUGGCGUUUUCGGAAAACUAUUUAAAAACUAAAUGAAUUUGUUAAAUUUUUUAUAUAAUUUAUGUUAUGGAUGAUUUUAUAGACACGAAAGGUAGUGAUAUCAAGCGUUUUUAUUGAUUGUGCAUCUGAUAAUAUGAACAAACUGUACAUAAAUAAAGGAAUACGAAAUAAAUUGAUUAACCUAUUUUUUAA